AUCUGAUCCGGGCCUCAUCACGCCUGAACGGGAAUUUGUUCAGUCACUUGACCCAGACCCAAAAGCUCAACCCCCGACCUUUUCUCCCAAUCACUUUGGCAGGGCGCUUUAUCAGCUUUAUUGUGCUACGGCCAUACGCAAUUGAUGAAAGCGGGUAGAAGAAACCAGAGCGCAAACUCUGCUCAGCGAAGCGAGAGCUAAAGAGAGAGUGAAAGAGAGAGCAUUUCUCAGAAGAGAGUUCUCUCUUCCUACACUGUCAAAAAGUUAAGGAAUUUUCGCACAGUUAGCUGUCACAUAAAUUGCUAAUUUACCUAUUUUUAAGUUUUCGUGCUAAGCAUAUGUUUAAGUAAAAUGUCGCGACGCAUUCAUUUUGACAAUUUCAACAGUUGUUGAAAUGGUAUAUUUAGACCGAGUGUUGUUUAUUUAAUUUUGUUUAAAUCGCCAAAUUUAUGACGAUUGCUGAAAAUUCCUUUUCACCGUUCUGCCACAUAAGUUUUAUUGUUUUGUGAAAUAUUUUGUCAUUUUUCGCACACACAUCCGGUAAGUCAGAAGUUAUUAAGAUCCAUUCUAGUUUUUGCCGAAAGUAAAUGAUUUCAUUUUUAUUUUAGGCCCAACGAAUCAUUUCACAAGCACACACACGCAAAUAGAAAAGAACGCAUCUGUGUAUCUUUCACCCGCACACACACCAAUGCAAAUACAAGACACAGUCACACUCACACACACACACACAUUAAAGAAUCCGGCGGAGGAUAAAGAUAGUCCUGAUCUCAGUCCAAAUCAAGAUCAAGACCGAGAUCAAGUUCAGCCUAGCGAAUGCAUUUGAUUGCCGCUGAUUAGCUCGCUGUGCAGCAGUUACCAUCAGAAUGCGCAUCCGCAUCCGUAAUGUGUCCACAUCCGUAUCUGAAUGCGAGAAGAGUUCGCUUGGGUGACGCUGACGACAAAUGACACGUACUCACUGGGUGCCUUGGUCUUGGCCCACUCCCUGAAAAGGGCCAAGACCGCCCACCAGCUGGCCGUUCUGGUCUCGCCCAACGUCUCGCAGGCGAUGCGCGACCGACUGAAGGAGGUCUACAACGUGGUGCAGGAGGUCAAUGUGCUCGACUCACAGGAUGCCGCCAAUCUGGCGCUCCUCUCCCGCCCCGAACUGGGCGUGACCUUCACAAAGCUCCACUGCUGGCGCCUCGUCCAGUUCGAGAAGUGCGUCUUCCUGGAUGCGGAUACUCUGGUCCUGCAAAACUGCGACGAGCUGUUCGAGCGCGAGGAACUGUCGGCUGCUCCGGAUGUCAGCUGGCCGGACUGCUUCAACUCCGGCGUGUUUGUCUUCAAGCCGAGCGUGGACACCUUUGCCCAGAUCACAGAGUUCGCCGUGAAGAAUGGGAGCUUCGAUGGCGGUGACCAGGGUCUGCUGAAUCAGUUCUUUGCCGACUGGUCGACGGCGGACAUCAAGAAGCAUUUGCCAUUUGUGUACAAUGUGACGGCCUAUGCCUCGUACUGUUAUCUGCCCGCCUUCAAACAGUUCAGAGAUAAGAUUAAGAUUUUGCAUUUCGCCGGCAAAUUGAAGCCAUGGCUGAUUCAGUUCAACUCGGAGACAAAGGUGGCCAGCGUUUCGUCGGAGUAUGCCCAUGCCCAGGAUCUGAUCCAGCUGUGGUGGAACAUCUUCUGCGAAAAUGUCAUUCAGUCCCUGUCCACCGAAAUGCAAACGCCAGGAUAUGUUGCUAGUGAUCGACCCGAGGGAGAAAUGGCCCAAGGGUCCACUUCAGAGUGCCUUUGCCUAAAUAUAAUACGCACGCAAAGCGAAUUCGCGGCGGAUGAGCUGCAUCAGCGGCAGCAGCAUGAGUUCUACCAGCAGCAGCAGCUGCACCACAAUCUGUUGCAUGUGCGCCAGUUCCGCGAUCCUUGGGCAGAUUACUAUGAGAAUCUGGAGAAGGAGCUGCAGGAGCAGGAGCAACAGCGGCAUCAGCAGCAUCAGCAGCAGCAGCAGCACCACAAUCCCAGCCAGAAUCACAGCCAGGACAAUGGGAAUGCGGAUGCAGCUGCGAUUGCGAAUGAGAUUGAAAAUGAGAAUGAUAGCACGAUUGCAAAUGCAAAUGCAAGCGCGAAUGCCACUAAAUGGCAUCAUGACGAUGCAUGCCACCCACCUCCGCCGACGAGUCCUUCGCCCCAAACCCAAAAUCAAGCCCACAAUGCCAAUGCCACUGCCAAUGCCGAAGACUUUUCAUCCGUAGAUGUGAAUAGCAAUGAGCUAAACGUUUCACAGCCACCUGAACACGCCUUCUCCUCCUCCGACACAGCCACGCCCACGCCCACUGCCACUGCCACGCCCUCGCAAACGCCCACGCCCACGCCCUCGCCUCAUCAUUCCGUGCAUAGUCAGACAGUAGAAAAAGCGACAAACCACCAACAAGAACAUGAAGUUGCAGCCACAACGCCGCCUGAGGCGGGUCUGGCUGGUGCCCUGUCACAGCUCCGCAUCGGUCAGCAGCGCACUCCCGAACAGGAGGCCUACGAGAACCAGAUGCGCCGCCAGUGCUGGGAGUCCGGACAGAUCGACUACUCCGGCGCCGAUUCGUUCGAGAACAUAUGGAAGAAGAUAUCGCAGACGCUGGAGCGGAAGACCGAGAAGGAGUCGGAAGAAACUGAUAAUGAUAACGAUAGUGACCCCGCUAACCCACUAAGCUCAGCUCAGUUGCUAAACGAAGCCGCCAGCAUGCUGCUGAAUCCGCCCAAGAAAUCCCCAUCUUCAAAGGCGAUGAAAGCGAAUGGGGCGGAUGGGGCGAAUGGGAGUGGAUCCAAUCUCGACCAGUCUCAUCUCACCUCCCCAGCAACUAACAAACAGCCUGCGAAUGCAUCACCUUCCUCCACCGCCUCCUUGAAACAGAAUCCACAGAAGAGACAGGAGCGACCGCAUCUCCAACCGGAACCGGAAACGGAACUGGAAGCGAGACCACAACCACAGCCGCAGCCGCAGCCAACACAGCAGCACAUCAGGAUGCAGCCAGGCGGAGGAAAUGACGGCGUAUCCAAGGGCGGCAAACAGCGGUCCGCCCGCAAGUUCAAAUAGCAAUUACUGAAGC